UGUUCUGCCAGUAUGACUGUUUCAUCUUUUAUCGGAAGGAAUAUCUCAGCUGUGGCAUCAGUUACUUUGAUUGCAUGUUGUUGCUUCACUAGAUGUUUAAUUUUCUUUGCCUUUCCUCAAUUCUUAUGCGGCAGCAAAGAUCACCCGCAGGUAGCAUUAGUUAACCAAACUAGUUUGAACAGGUCAUUGACUAUUACCAUAGAUUUUCAAAUUUGGGUUUUCCAAAUUUCAGUUCUUAGUCAAACACGCAGGGAGACAGUUGGUGGGAAUAUAGUUCGAAGUGAAUUUAAAGGCUUUUAUUCUUGCAGCGACUUCUGAUUGGAAAUGUGGCAAUUGUUUGUUGUUGGUUUGCUUUCUUUAAGCAUAGCUUUACGCAUAAGUCACGCUGCUAUUGUUGAGGAUUCAAAACAUUUUCAACAAUUUAAGCUAGUUUAUAAUAAACACUACGCAUCGGAUGCCGAAGAGCGUAAACGUGAGCGUAUAUUUCUGAAGCAUUUCGCAUUUAUCGAGGAACAUAAUCAGAACUUUACGAAGGGACUAACUAGCUUUGAGUUGGGAAUAAAUGAGUAUGCCGAUGUCAGCGAGGAGGAGUUCGCGAGCACUAUGAGUGGCAGCGAUGAGAUUUAUGAUUAUCCAAGCGUAUUGAAACAAGGCGCCACCUUUAUACCACCAGCAAAUGUCGAAUUGCCCGAUAUGGUGGAUUGGCGUGAGUUGGGCGCGGUCACUGCGGUCAAGAAGCAAGGCCGCUGCGGUUCCUGUUGGGCUUUUGCCACUACUGGCGCGCUGGAGGGUCAACACUUUCGCAAAACUUCGAAACUAGUAUCGCUCUCGGAGCAGAAUCUGUUGGACUGUACCAUCACAUAUGGAAAUAAGGGCUGUAAUGGUGGCAAUAAAGAGCGCAGUUUUCUCUAUAUACGCGACAAUGGUGGCAUUAACGCCGCCACUGUGUAUCCUUACCACGCUCAAUUGGACGCGGAGUGUUUGUUCGACGCGUCUGCGAUUGCGGCAAAGAGCAAAGGUUUUGUCAAAAUUACACCCGACGAUGAAGAUGCUCUAAAGGCUGCUGUGGCCACAGUGGGACCAAUUGCUGUUAAAAUCAAUGCGAAAUGCUUUCGCAAACAAUUCUAUAGACAAGGCGUAUUCAACGACGAGCUUUGUGAGGAGCGUAAACCAAAUCAUGCUAUGCUAUUGGUAGGCUAUGGUCGAGAUAAUACUACGAAUACGGACUAUUGGAUAUUGAAGAACUCGUGGGGCGUCAGUUGGGGCAUGGAUGGCUAUAUAAAUGUGCCACGACAUGUCAACUUUGGCGGUAUUGCAAUGCGUCCCAGUUAUCCGUUGGUUUGAAUUAUAAUAUACUGAUAUUUGUAUGACCUGAAAUUUUGUGAAACUAAAUAAAUAAUUUUAAAUAA